AUGAGUGGAAUGAAAGGUAAAUAUGUUUCUUAUCAUUUUAUGAAUAUGUUUAUUUUUCUAUAGCGUAUUUUACAAUUUUUUUAUGCUCGUUUGGAUUCUCUUCUUUUUUUUCAUAGAAUAAAGAACAAGUUUUUGUUUUCACUGCUCCCAGUAAAUCCAUAAUAUCGGAGAGAAACAGCGAACGUUGUCUUAAUAACUUCAUACCUUUAACUUUGCUUUUCAGCUGUGGUUUCCUUAUCAUUGGCCAGUGUGAUCGGCCUUACGCUUCUGGUUUUGGCAUGCACACUUCCUUCUGAAGGGUAAGUUAUUGGUUUAGUUUUAUAAAGUUUUAGAACAUGGUGGCCGAUGUUUGUGAUCGUUUUCUACUUGUUAUCUCCAUUACCUUUAUUGAUCGCCCGCAAUGUAUAUGAAUGUGAACUCAACGUAGCAUCUCCAGGAAUUGAAUUCGCGUUAUUUGCUACUACUGGAAUCGUAUUCUCGGCAUUCUCUUUGCCCUUCAUCUUGGCUCACGCUGGCGUGGUAAGUAAUGGAUUUAAAGGUUAUAUUUAAAUUGUUAUUGUAAAUAAGUAGUUGUGCUUAACUUUUCAAUAGUUAUUUAGAAUAGUUAAUAGGAGUUGUGCCCAACGUCCUAAGUAUUUAUUUAAUCGUAUAUAUUGGUUCUUGCGGUGGUUGAUGUACGUAUUGUGUUUUAGAUCAGAGCUACCUCGGUUUUAUUGACGUGUGUGGCGUCGGUGUUCAUGUUUGGUACCGUUUACAGCUGGUUCAAGGUCAACAACGACGACGAAUACUCGGCCAAUAUCUUCUAA